GCCAAACUCGCCACAGCCCUCAGUCCCUCAGAGAAGGACUUCUCACACCCGUGGUGCUCCAGCCCCCAGCUCACUCAGCCGCAUCCACCAUGUGUGAAGAAGAGAGCACUGCCCUCGUGUGUGACAAUGGCUCUGGGCUGUGCAAGGCAGGCUUCGCAGGAGAUGAUGCUCCCAGGGCCGUUUUUCCCUCCAUCGUGGGCCGGCCUCGCCACCAGGGUGUAAUGGUAGGAAUGGGCCAGAAAGAUAGCUACGUGGGGGACGAGGCUCAGAGCAAACGUGGGAUCCUAACUCUCAAAUACCCCAUUGAACACGGCAUCAUCACCAACUGGGAUGACAUGGAAAAGAUCUGGCACCACUCCUUCUACAACGAGCUGCGGGUGGCACCAGAAGAGCACCCAACCCUGCUCACAGAGGCGCCCUUAAACCCUAAGGCCAACCGGGAGAAGAUGACCCAGAUCAUGUUCGAAACCUUCAAUGUCCCUGCCAUGUACGUGGCCAUUCAAGCUGUGCUCUCCCUCUAUGCAUCUGGCCGCACCACAGGCAUCGUCCUGGAUUCUGGGGAUGGUGUCACCCACAAUGUCCCCAUUUAUGAGGGCUAUGCGCUGCCCCAUGCCAUCAUGCGUCUCGACCUGGCUGGACGGGACCUCACGGACUACCUCAUGAAGAUUCUCACGGAGAGAGGCUAUUCCUUUGUCACCACAGCUGAGAGAGAAAUUGUGCGAGACAUCAAGGAGAAGCUGUGCUAUGUGGCCCUGGAUUUUGAGAACGAGAUGGCCACAGCAGCUUCAUCUUCCUCCCUGGAGAAGAGCUACGAGCUGCCUGAUGGGCAGGUCAUCACUAUUGGCAACGAGCGCUUCCGCUGCCCUGAGACCCUCUUCCAGCCCUCCUUCAUCGGCAUGGAGUCAGCUGGAAUUCAUGAGACAACAUACAAUUCCAUCAUGAAAUGUGACAUUGACAUCCGCAAGGAUCUGUAUGCCAACAAUGUCCUCUCGGGGGGUACCACCAUGUACCCCGGCAUUGCUGAUAGGAUGCAGAAGGAAAUCACAGCCCUGGCUCCCAGCACCAUGAAGAUCAAGAUCAUCGCUCCUCCCGAGCGGAAGUACUCAGUCUGGAUUGGAGGCUCCAUCCUGGCUUCUCUCUCCACCUUCCAGCAGAUGUGGAUCAGCAAGCCGGAGUAUGAUGAGGCUGGGCCUUCCAUUGUCCACAGGAAAUGCUUCUAAAGUUUGAGGCCCUUCUCUGGGGAUCCCUUCAAGACUGCUAUAACCAACCACAAAACAUUAAAACCUUCAAGCCUU